AGUCCGAAAGCAGCUGGCUUGGCUGCAUUUCGUUUCCUUGCCUCAAAGUGAGAAGUUUCGGGGCCCCAAAAAUUGUUGAAAAAGUUACCAAAAAAUUGGCAUUGCACCAAAAACCAAAAACUGAAAGCUAAAAUGCUAUAAAGCCAAAGCCAACACGGCUAAAAUUAAACAAAAUCAAAGGGAAAACCCAGUUAAACGAAAAUCAAAAUGAAUCGUCUGCUGCUGCAGUGUCUGGUGACCACAAUUCUGGUUUACAAAGUGACUUCGGUGCCCACCAGCACGAUGAGCACCACCAUCCAGACGACCUCGGAGAUUCCCCAGCAGGAUGACGAUGACGACGAUUGGGAGGAGGACGACGACUCCCUGGAAUCGGAUGACGAUGGUCGUGUCUACAAGAAUCCCCGCAACUCGCCUUCGACUGAGUGUCCCCGCGACGAGGAGCAGGCCACGCUGCUCGGCCAGAAAUGCCUGAGGAAGUGCUCCUCCGACGAGGACUGCAAGAGCAAGAAGAAGAAGUGCUUGUGCGACGGCGUCUGCGGCAAUUCCUGCAUCAAACCAGAUCGCGAAUGUCCGGAGCUGGCUCAACCCAGUUUGGGUCAGGUGACUGUGGCUGGUCGUCACUUUGGAGCCCGGGCUUCCUACGCCUGUCCACAUGGCUACCAUGUGGUGGGACUCCAAAGUCGUCUCUGUCAGGCGGAUGGCAAUUGGGCCGGAGCAGAGCCAGCUUGCAAGCAGAACAUUUACUGCCUGAAGCCUCCGCAAAUUGAACAUGCCCGGAAUUCUGCUCUGCCGGAACAGGAAACCUUUGAUCUGGACUCCACGGUGCAGUACCAUUGCCACACAGGCUAUGUGACCAAUGGAUUUCCAAGAGCCAAAUGCCUGGCCAUCGAUAAUUUAGCCAGUUGGUAUGGACCGGAUAUUCAGUGCGAACCUCGUUCCUGUGGCCAACCGCCGGAUCCUGCUUAUGGAUGGCAUGCCGGGGAGUGUUAUACCUACGGUUGCAAGAUCACCUACAAUUGCGGAACCGGAUACGAAUUGGUGGGCAAACACGAGCGGUAUUGCCAAUCGGAUGGAUCCUGGACGCCCAAGGAGCUGCCCACGUGUGUCUUGGUCACCUCGGUGGUGUGUCCCACUCCGGAGAACCCCAAGAACGGCAAGGCCACCUACACCACCCUGGCCUACAACUCGGUGGUCAGCUACGAGUGCCGAUAUGGUUACACCCUCGUGGGUGAAAGUUCCAGUCGCUGCGGAGCCGAUCGCAAGUGGAGCGGCACUCUGCCCACCUGCAAGGAAAUAAACUGCGGUCAUCCGGGAGUGCUCUACAAUGGGUGGAUCGAGAACAUCGAGGCGGGAACUGGACUGGGAGCCAGCAUCAUAUUCCGCUGUCAGCCGGAGAUGAUGAUCAAUGGGUUGGGAUCGAGUGUGUGCCAGAUCGACGGAAGGUGGCGAAACGCUCUGCCGGAGUGCCUGGCUCCCUGUGUGGUGCCCACCAUCUCGCAGGGAAACGUUUACCCCAUCGAAAUAACCACGGAUGAGAACGGGACGACGAUCAUUCAACCGCCAACGACGACAACUCAGUCACCGAUUCAAACGCAAAGCAUUGGAGGAGUGGAGAAGGUGAAGCACGGAACGGCACUGGAGGUCAAGUGCGACGAGAACUACGAGUUCCCCGUCUCCCUGCUCAGUCCGCCGACCUGCAACAAUGGCACCUGGAGCAUCAUACCACGAUGUGUGCCAGCCAGGUGCAAGAGUAUGCCACGCCCACCGAAGCACGGAAUGGUGAUGGCCCCCAAAACGGAGCACGGGAUGAAGGCGCGGUUCAAGUGCAAGGAUGGCUUCAAGCUGGUCAGUCCCGAGGGCAAGGACGUGACCGAUCCGCACGACUAUGUGCUCACCUGCUCCUUCGGCAACUGGACGGGUGAAACGCCCAAGUGUGACGAGGUCUUCUGCUCCUUUCCCGGUUACAUACCCAAUGGAAAGGUCCUGCUAGUGGGCAACAUGGGUCUCUACGAUUAUAGGCCUUAUGUGAAGAAGAUCGUGAACAAUAAGCAGAUUAUGUACGAUUGCGAUAAGGGUUAUGUCUUGGAGGUGGGUCCUCCUGGUGCCACUUGUGUGGGUGGUAAGUGGCGUCCAUUAGACUUGCCACAAUGUCUUCUGGGACAGCAUCCUCGACUGCGUUGGAAUAAGCGCAGACGUCGCUCCUUGGAGAUCCGCCAGUUGAGAUCGAUGUAUUUACUAAGACGCCAGAGGCAACUUCAAAGGCAACUGGUCGAGAAUCAGAAUUACAUCAAUGCAGCUUUAAAUUCCGAGCAGCCUUCGGUGCAGCGGGUAAAACGCAAUGCCAGUCCUUAUCCCACUCCGCAGCACCACCUCUCGGAGCACGACCUGGCCCACUCGAAGUUCACCGAGAAGCUGAGGGAGCGAUAUCAGCUGUAUAUGAAGAAGAUGCUGGGUUACAACAGGAUUUACCAGAAGCUCCACGGCCACGAAACAACGAACAGGGUGGGAAACAACUUAAAUGGACACGAUAAUGGACAAAUGAUGAUGCGGGGCAAGGGAAACUUCAGGGAACUGGAGAAUGGCAAUAACUACUUGGGAGGAGGAGCCUCAGGAGGAGGUGGAGUGGUGCCAUUGCCCAACAUUAACCAGGCAUCUCACAAUAAAAAGAUUCACAAGGACCACUCCGCCAAAGAGGAACUGCUAUCCAAUGGAUCUCCGCCCGUGGCCUCACGUAGCUUUCAUGUGAACUCCACUCGAUCCUACAUAGAUCAAUUGAAAUCCCAGAUAGUUCGAAGGCGGCAAAAGCGGAGUUCCAGCAUUGGACAGGCACCUCCUCCGUCGGGAGCCACGAUUCCGGAUGCGGAAGUGGACAUUAGCGAUGGCGGAGAAGCUGGAAAGGGCGGUUCUGGCAAGAGGUUACGAGGACCCUGCGAGGAUCUCGAGUGGGAUUCCUUUGCCAAUGUGACAACAGUUCGACCGGGAAAAGUUCCGGGCAGAAAUGCCGUGGGCAUCAUGUUGCAUCUGGAGUGCAAUGCAGGAUUUAAGCUAAACAUCAAAGGUGAAAAUGCCACUGCACGUUGCAUUCGAGGAAUCUGGAAGCCGGAGACGCCCAAGUGCCUUUCCGCUCCUUGUUUGGUUCCCGCCGUGGAACAUGGCCAGUACUACAAAGUGGAACCCCACACCAAACAACUCAGUGACAAGCCCUCGCUGACUCCACUCUCCACCUACGAGGAGAUCCAGUCCAACGAGUUCAUUACCCUGGAGUGCGAGGAUGGGUUCAACAUACAGGGCUCUGCUCAACUGCGUUGUGCCCAUGGAUCCUGGUCGGUGAAUGCCUUUUCCGAGUGCACAUCAGUGCCCUGCACUUUACCCAACAUUCCAGGAGUUAUCUACGAUGGAGGUUAUCGUGCAGGAUUGACCAUUGGACAUGGCAGCAGUGUCAGCGUUCGGUGUGAACUCUCCACGAAUGCCAAUCCCAUUGAGAUGUCCUGCCACAAGGGCAUCCUCACGCCACCCAGCAUUCCCUGUGAGUCCGGAUUGAGGAAAUCGCGCCAGGAACUGGAGCAUGCCACCUCCACUGCUCAUCCCAAAGUGGAGCACAACGAACUGGAUCACGACCAUGAUCACCACGACAAUAGCACCGAUGAGCACGACGACAUGAAGAUGUGUGGUCCUCCAAUGCUUACCGAUGGCGCCCUGGUCUACAAGAAUGCUGAGCAUCCCGAACUUGAUGGCGCCUACGAGAGCGGCACAGAGAUCUUCUUCAAUUGCAUUCCAAAUGCAGCUGGGGAUCGCCAGACUUGGAGGAUCAUCUGCGACAAUGGUCUUUGGAUUGGAAGAUCCUACAAUUGCGAGAAUGGUACUUGUGUGUUCAGAAACAACGAAGCUAAUGUAGUUAGUUUUUAUAAUGACCUGGAAAUCCGUGAAGACGUUGUUGACUUUCCUCCAGGAGCUACAAUUAUAUCUAGAUGUAUGGACAUUGGCAAAUUUUCAAUGACGGGCAGCCACGAAAGGACCUGCAUCCACUCAGAAUGGACCAACACCAAGCCCGUGUGCUCUGGCCUAAACCAGGAGAACGACUAUGCAAUGGAAAAGGCCCCUACUAUCCUCUUCCGCCAUCAAAAUGGUCCCAUUGCCCAGAGCAACGAUGGCAAGCUGAUCGUCUAUCCGGGAACCACUUUGCACAUGGAAUGCCUUUGGAUGCGGCGCUUUGGAAAUCCCAAGUGGAACGUCAGUCACACGCACAAGAACUACACGGAGGGCUGGGUGACCGAGGCGGACGAGGGCCGUGAUUCCACGUUGGAGUACCGGCUGAGCAUCGUGGACGCGGCCAGCGACGACAGCGGCUUCUACUCCUGCAUGACGCCGGCGCGGCACGAGCACGCCGUGGAGGUGGUGGUGAAGGCGAUCAACUGCCCGGAGAUACCGAUGCGACGCGGCCUGAUCGUGAACACCAACGACACGAAGCUGAGCACGCGGGCGCUGUUGUCCUGCGCGAACGGGAACUCGUUGAUCGGCGCCUCGGAGCUGUUCUGCCUGCCGAGUGGCAAUUGGAGCGCACCGUUGCCGGUUUGCGAGAGCGUCGAGUGCGGCGACAUCCCGCUGGGGAUGGGCAGCAAUGCGAGCUCGCCGCGCGUCUCCGUGCUGUCGCGCGAGGUGGGCGGCCGGGCGGCCUUCUCGUGCUCCUCCGGCUAUGGGUUGCGCGGCCCGUCGGAGGCGAUCUGCAAUCCGACCGGCGAGUGGUCAGCACCGCUGCCCACCUGCGUCGAGGUGCAGUGCGACAAUCCGGGGGCGCCGCAAAACGGUUACGCCCAGGGCUCGGCACCUUAUCGUGCGGGCGAUGUGGUCCAGUUCAAUUGCAACCCGGAGUACAUGAUGCAGGGCCAGCCGAUCAUUGCCUGCCAGGACAACGGGCGCUGGUCGGGCGGCCUGCCCAAGUGCGUGCAGGCCUGCUCCUAUCCGGGCACCGUCAUCAGCGGUCGGAUGUCGUCCGUUAAGUUCUACUACGCCAUCGGCGAGAGCAUCACGUUCACCUGCGAUGCCGGGUUGGAUCUGCGCGGCUCCAAGGUGCUCAAGUGCCUCAAGAACGGCAAGUGGUCGAGUGCCAUUCCCACAUGUGUGACCAACGAUGGUCCCGCCGGCGGAGGAGGAGGCGGUGGCGGCGGCGGCGGAGGUGGAUCCGUGACCUCCAACAAGCAUCUGGCCACCACCAUGGGCUAGAGCGAGUGGUCUCCCGGGGAGGACGUUGCCACAGAGUGAUACUAAUACAUAUUACCUACUAACUAAUGCACAUUCCAGGCGCACAGACACGCGUUUACCGACUAGUAACGACAUAACUGUACUUGCGAUUCAAUUGUACUUAACUGUAGCUGUAACGUAACUGUAGCCCUGUACUGUAUCGCACGGCCAUCAUUUUACUAAAUAAUAAAUGUUCGUCGAAUAACACACAUA